CCAUUUCUAUACUCAGCCCCCACCCACAGCAGUUGUGCUCUGCGGUCGUGCAGCUGCAGCCGGCCAUGGCAUCCUCCGCCGGCGAUCCGCUGCUCCCGGCCGAGCCGCCGCACCGGCGGCGGUUCCUCCCGCCGUCCAUCCGGCUCAAGACGUCCGUCUGGUCGGAGCUGGGCGGCGCGGUGGGGGACCUGGGCACCUACAUCCCCAUCGUGCUGGCGCUGUCGCUGGCCUCCCACCUCGACCUGGGCACCACGCUCAUCUUCACCGCGCUCUACAACUUCGCCAGCGGCGUGCUCUUCGGGAUCCCCAUGCCCGUGCAGCCCAUGAAGUCCAUCGCCGCCGUCGCGCUCUCCUCGGCGCACCUCACCGUCCCGCAGAUCAUGGGCGCCGGCAUCGCCGUCGCCGCCAUCCUCCUCUUCCUCGGCGCCACGGGGCUCAUGACCUGCCUCUACCGCGUGCUCCCGCUCCCCGUCGUCCGCGGCGUGCAGCUCUCCCAGGGCCUCUCCUUCGCCUUCACCGCCGUCAAGUACAUCCGCUACGACCAGGACUUCUCCCGCUCCUCCUCCGCCUCCACCUCCGUGGAGCGCCCCCUGCUCGGCCUCGACGGCCUGCUGCUCGCGCUCGCCGCGCUGCUCUUCAUCCUCCUCGCCACCGGCGCCGGGGACGACGACGAUUCAGCCAUCAACGGAGCCGACGGCCGCGCCGCCACACGCCGUCGCUCCUGCGGCCGCGUCCCGGCGGCGCUGAUCGUGUUCGCGCUGGGGCUGGUGCUCUGCUUCGUGCGUGACCCGUCCAUCUUCCGCGGCCUCCGCUUCGGGCCGGCGCCGCUGGGGCUGGUGAAGAUAACAUGGGACGAUUUCAAGAUCGGGUUCUGGCAGGCGGCCGUGCCGCAGCUCCCGCUGUCGGUGCUCAACUCGGUGAUCGCCGUGUGCAAGCUGUCGUCGGACCUGUUCCCGGAGCAGGCGGAGCUGUCGCCGGCGAGGGUGUCCGUCAGCGUGGGGCUGAUGAACCUGGUGGGGUGCUGGUUCGGCGCCAUGCCGUGCUGCCACGGCGCGGGCGGGCUGGCGGGGCAGUACCGGUUCGGCGGCCGGAGCGGCGCGUCCGUGGUGUUCCUGGCCAUGGGCAAGCUGGCGCUGGGACUGGUGUUCGGCAACUCGUUCGUGACGAUCCUGGGGGAGUUCCCCAUCGGCAUCCUGGGGGUGAUGCUGCUCUUCUCGGGCGUGGAGCUGGCCAUGGCGUCGCGCGACAUGGGGAGCAAGGAGGAGUCGUUCGUGAUGCUGGUCUGCGCCGGCGUGUCGCUCACCGGCUCCAGCGCCGCGCUGGGGUUCAUCGCGGGCGUCGUGCUGCACCUGCUGCUGCGCCUCAGGGAGGUGGAUUGCGGGGAGCUCGUCGGCCGGCUGAGGGCCAGGCGGUAUCCCUGGUUGCUGUAAAUUACUGAAUUGAAUGCUUCCUGCGUUGCAUCCCGGUAUAGGGAUUAUCCAUUUGUAUCUAUAUCUGUAGGAAAGAAGAUCACAUCUGUAGUGAUUUCUAUCAGGCAAAUACCCUGCUGGCUGCUGCGGUAGGAAAAUUUGACUGCAUAAACAGGUGACUGUCCUGAUGACUACUUUGGUAGAACAAUGUUUCGAAUGCUGCAGAGCAGAGGCUACUCCAAACAGUGGUCAUGCUCACAGACACAUGGUCCAUCUCUAACGGAAUAAGAAUAGAUGGUGCUGAAGUAUCA